GGCUGCUGCAGGCAGCUUUGCGGCUCGUGUCCCCUCGGACUUGAUUUACGUUUCCUUUUCCGUUCUCUUUUAUCUUCCCCUCCGGCACUGGGCUUGGGUUCGGACCUUCUUCCCAGGGAUCCUCGCACGCCCUUCCCAUUCUCCUCCGCGUGGCCUCCACUUAAGUUCUCUUCCUAUUGUCCAUAGCCUAUAUCGAGCUCCCUGCGUGCACCGCGCGCUGCCCGAGGCGCGUAAGUGGGGAGGAGAGCGACUUCCCCCCGGGUGGUUCGGCUGUGGGUGUGGAGCGUGGGACGACUUGUCUUCCUAGUCGAGCACCUGGGCCUGCGGUGGAGCUGAUCCCUGAGGUCUCAGCGUAGAGAUGCUGAGUCCAGAGGCCUGUUCUAGUGCAGUGUGGGACUCCGUAUCGGGGCUUCCCGAGAGAUGGAAGUCAACCAGAAUCAAGAUGUCUGGGACUGAGGAAGCAAUUCUUGGAGGGCGUGACAGCCAUCCUGCUGCUGGCGGCAGCUCGGCGUUAUGCUUUGGACAGCACCAGUACACAGCAGAAGAGUACCAGGCCAUCCAGAAGGCCCUGAGGCAGAGGCUGGGCCCAGAAUACAUAAGUAGCCGCAUGGCUGGAGGAGGCCAGAAGGUGUGUUACAUUGAGGGUCAUCGGGUAAUUAAUCUGGCCAAUGAGAUGUUUGGUUACAAUGGCUGGGCACACUCCAUCACGCAGCAGAAUGUGGAUUUUGUUGACCUGAAUAAUGGCAAGUUCUACGUCGGAGUUUGUGCAUUUGUGAGGGUCCAGCUGAAGGAUGGUUCAUAUCAUGAAGACGUUGGUUAUGGUGUUAGUGAGGGCCUCAAGUCCAAGGCCUUAUCUUUGGAGAAGGCAAGAAAGGAGGCAGUCACAGACGGGCUGAAGCGAGCCCUCAGGAGUUUUGGGAAUGCACUUGGAAACUGUAUUCUGGACAAAGACUACCUGAGGUCACUAAAUAAGCUUCCACGUCAGGUGCCUCCUGAAGUGGAUUUAACUAAAGCGAAGAGACAAGAUUUUGAACCGUCUGUGGAAGAGGCAAGAUUCAACAGUUGCCGACCGAACAUGGCCCUGGGACACCCACAACUACAGGAGGUGACCUCCCCUUCUAGACCAAGCCACGCUGUGAUACAGGGGAACAAGGACUGCAGCUCCCGACGCCUGACCUCAUCCGCUGUGGAGAGCGAGGCCUCGUACCAGCGGAAGCUCCGGCAAAAGCAGCUGCAGCAGCAGUUCCGGGAGCAGAUGGAGAAGCAGCAAGACCACGUCUCCACCCCGCCAGCUGAGAAGAGUGAGGCAGCGCCUCCGGCCCCUCCUCUGACACACAGCACUCCUGUAACUGCGGUCUCAGAACCACUCCCGGAGAAAGACUUCCUUGCAGGAAUGACUCAAGAAUUAAUCAAGACUCUUGAAGAGAACUCUCUAAAGUGGGCUGUGACUCCAGAUGCAGGGGAUGGUGUGGUCAAGCCCUUGUCUAGAGCAGACCCACCCCAGACCUCUGACACACUAGCCUUGAACAACCAGAUGGUGACCCAGGACAGGACUCCACACAGCCUUUGCCACCAGGAACCACAAGUGAAAUCUGGACCUUGGGACCUCCAGACUUAUAGCACUGACCAAUGCAUAACAGGAAACUGGGAAUCUCAUAGGAAGAGCCAGGACAUGAAGAAAAGGAAGUAUGAUCCAUCAUAGCUGAGGCUCAGGCCACGUGAUUGGACCUUGUCACAAAGGUACUUUGGAAAACUACUUUGUUGUCAUGAAAUCGUUCAUCACUCCUGGAGAAUGAACUUUACUGCUAAGGAUUUACCUUCCUUCAUUCUGAACCUUCUCAAGAGGAUCUGAGAGCCUACUGCAGUUAGAGCUGAGCACUUUUAAAAAGUUUGUCCCCGGCCGGGUGCGGUGGCUCAUGCCUGUAA